AUGAUAAGAUUAUCUUCGAAAGGGUUUGGCUCCUCCUCCUCACGCGCUCGUCUCCUCUCCCCAGGGACCCGCAUGGACGAGGGCUCGGACGUGGAGUCGGAGCCAGACCUGCCUCUGAAGAGGAAGCAGCGCCGCAGCCGCACCACCUUCACCGCGGAGCAGCUGGACGAGCUGGAGAAGGCCUUCGAGAGGACGCACUACCCAGACAUCUACACCCGAGAGGAGCUGGCUCAGAGGACCAAGCUGACCGAGGCCCGCGUGCAGGUGUGGUUCAGUAACCGCAGGGCCAGGUGGCGCAAGCAGGCUGGUGCCAAUCAGCUGGCAGCCUUUAAUCACCUGUUACCAGGAGGAUUCGCGCACACCGGAAUGCCAACCUUGCCAACGUACCAGCUUCCAGAGUCCAGCUACCCCACAUUAUCCCAGGAUGGCAGCAGCGGCACAGUGCACCGGCCCCAGCCCCUUCCCCCCUCCACCAUGCACCAGGGGGGUCUCACAGGAGACAGCGGCUCCGCCUACGGGCUUGCGUCCAACCGGCACGGCUUCUCCAGCUACUCGGAGAGCUUCAUGAACCCAUCUCCGUCCAGCAACCACAUGAACACAGUCAGCAACGGGCUGUCACCACAGGAACAGUCUGCUCAUCUGUGA